AGAAAUCCGAACGCAGCUGGUGGAGCAGUUCAAAUGCCUGGAGCAGCAGUCGGAGUCGCGCCUGCAGCUGCUGCAGGACCUGCAGGAGUUCUUCCGCAGGAAGGCCGAGAUUGAGCUGGAGUACUCCCGGAGCCUGGAGAAGCUGGCUGAACGCUUCUCCUCCAAGAUCCGCAGUUCCAGAGAGCACCAGUUCAAAAAAGAUCAGCACCUCCUUUCCCCUGUGAACUGCUGGUACCUGGUCCUGACGCAGACCCGGCGGGAGAGCCGCGACCACGCCACCCUGAACGACAUUUUCAUGAACAACGUCAUCGUGCGGCUGUCGCAGAUCAGCGAGGAUGUCAUCAGGCUCUUCAAAAAGAGUAAGGAGAUUGGCCUGCAGAUGCAUGAAGAACUCCUGAAAGUCACCAACGAGCUGUACACGGUGAUGAAGACCUACCACAUGUACCACGCAGAGAGCAUCAGCGCCGAGAGCAAGCUGAAGGAGGCGGAGAAGCAGGAGGAGAAGCAGUUCAACAAGUCAGGGGAUAUCAGCGUGAACCUGCUGCGGCACGAGGACCGGCCUCAGCGGCGCAGCUCCGUCAAGAAGAUUGAGAAGAUGAAAGAGAAGAGACAAGCCAAGUAUUCUGAAAACAAGCUGAAGUGUACUAAAGCCAGGAACGACUACCUGCUGAACCUGGCGGCCACCAACGCCGCCGUCAGCAAGUACUACAUCCACGAUGUGUCCGACCUCAUCGACUGCUGUGAUCUGGGAUUCCACGCCAGCCUUGCUCGGACCUUCAGGACGUACCUGUCUGCCGAGUACAACCUGGAAACCUCCCGCCACGAGGGCCUGGACAUCAUUGAGAAUGCUGUGGACAACCUGGAUGCACGGAGCGACAAACACACCAUCAUGGACAUGUGCAACCAGGUCUUCUGCCCGCCACUCAAGUUCGAGUUCCAGCCGCACAUGGGGGAUGAGGUGUGUCAGGUGAGCGCCCAGCAGCCUGUGCAGACCGAGCUGCUGAUGAGGUACCACCAGCUGCAGUCACGACUGGCCACCCUCAAGAUAGAGAACGAAGAGGUACGGAAAACGCUGGAUGCCACAAUGCAGACCUUGCAGGACAUGCUGACAGUGGAAGAUUUUGACGUUUCAGAUGCCUUCCAGCACAGCCGCUCCACUGAGUCCGUCAAAUCAGCUGCGUCAGAGACCUACAUGAGCAAAAUCAACAUCGCCAAGAGGAGAGCCAACCAGCAGGAGACAGAAAUGUUCUAUUUCUCAAAAUUUAAGGAGUAUCUGAAUGGCAGUAACCUCAUCACAAAGCUGCAGGCUAAACACGACCUGCUGAAGCAGACUCUGGGAGAAGGUGAAAGAGCUGAGUGCGGAACAACCAGCAGGAGAUAGUGCUGGGGUGAAUGUGACAGGAAGG